AUGGCGUCCUACAUUGCCAACAAGCCUCUGAUCACGGCGGCACUAGCGCUGCUCGCAGUCCUAGCCAUUGCCAACUUCAUCUGCAGUGCAGUUGCUGCCAGGGAUCUGUCCAGCAGCGGCUAUGGCGAGGAGGCUAUGACGGCGAGGCACGAGAAGUGGAUGGCGGAGCACGGCCGAACCUACAAGGACGAGGCGGAGAAGGCACGUCGGUUCAAGGUAUUCAAGGCGAACGUCGCCUUUGUUGACACCUCCAAUGCCGCCGCAGGUGGGAAGAAGUAUCACCUGGCCAUCAACGGGUUUGCCGACAUGACUCACGACGAGUUCAUGGCGAGGUACACUGGGUUCAAGCCCGUGCCGGCCACGGGCAAGAAGAUGCCCGGUUUUAAAUACGAGAAUGUUACACUGUCAGAUGACCAGCAGGCGGUUGACUGGAGGAAGAAAGGUGCAGUCACCGAUGUCAAGAACCAAGAACAAUGCGGUUGUUGCUGGGCGUUCUCGGCGGUGGCGGCCAUCGAGGGCAUGCACCAGAUCAAGACCGGCGAGCUGGUAUCACUGUCAGAGCAGCAACUGCUGGACUGCUCCACCAACGGGAAGAACAACGGCUGCGGCGGCGGCACCAUGGAGUACGCCUUCCAGUACGUCAUCGGCAGCAACGGCGGCAUUGCCACCGAGGCCGCCUACCCAUACACCGCCACGCAGGGCAUGUGCCAGAACGUCCAGCCGUUCGUCGCCGUCAGCAGCUACCAGCAAGUGCCCAGAGACGCCGAGGACGCGCUCGCCGCGGCUGUCGCCGGCCAGCCCGUGUCCGUGGCCGUCGACUCCAGUAAGUUCCAGUUCUACGGAGGCGGCGUCAUGACCGCGGACAGCUGUGGCACCAACUUGAACCAUGCGGUGACGGCGGUUGGGUACGGCACGGCGGAGGAUGGCACCCAGUACUGGCUGCUCAAGAACCAGUGGGGGAGCACCUGGGGAGAGGAAGGGUACCUAAGGCUUCAGAGGGGCGUCGGCGCCUGUGGUGUCGCCAAGGACGCCUCCUAUCCCGUUGCAUGA